CAACUUCAGAUGCGAGUUUUUUGUUGUGAACCGCCAGAAACGUGCGUGGAAAUUGGAAUAAGAGAAGCAAAAGAUAUUUGAAUAUUGCACAAUUAUAUAUUUUAUAACCUUAUCGAUAUAUAGUUGAAUAGGUGAAAAUCACACAAUGGAGUUUCUUGAAUACAAUGAUGUAUCAGCGGAAAUAAAGGGAGCUAUGGUUCCCGGUCGUCUAAAAAUGACUGACCAAAACAUAAUAUUCAAAAACAGUAAAACCGGCAAGGUUGAGCAGAUAUCAGCAAAUGAUAUAGAAUUAGUGAAUUUUCAAAAAUUUAUUGGAUCAUGGGGCUUGAGAGUGUUUCUAAAGAAUGGUACCUUGCAUAGAUAUGGUGGAUUUAAGGAUGGGGAGCAAGAGAAAGUUGCAAAAUUUUUUAAAUCAAAUUAUAACAAAGAUAUGUUGGAGAAAGAGUUAUCACUGAAAGGUUGGAACUGGGGCACGGCUAAGUUCAAUGGAGCAGUGCUGAGCUUCAAUGUUGGUUCCAACACUGCUUUUGAGAUACCUCUGCACUAUGUGUCACAGUGCAACACUGGCAAAAAUGAAGUCACACUAGAAUUCCAUCAGAAUGAUGAUACUCCUGUUUCACUGAUGGAGAUGCGUUUCCACAUACCAACCAAUGAGCUGUCGGGUGACAUGGAUGCUGUGGAGGCCUUCCACCAGCAAGUCAUGAACAAGGCCAGUGUCAUAUCCGUCUCGGGAGAUGCUAUUGCUAUCUUCCGGGAACUUCAAUGUCUCACUCCUCGUGGUCGUUAUGACAUCAAAGUGUUCCAGACAUUCUUCCAACUUCAUGGUAAAACUUUUGACUACAAGAUACCAAUGUCGACAGUACUGAGGCUGUUUCUACUACCACAUAAGGAUACAAGGCAAAUGUUCUUUGUGGUGUCAUUAGACCCACCUAUUAAACAAGGUCAAACUAGAUAUCAUUACUUAGUGCUCUUGUUCGGUAUUGAGGAAGAGACUAGUUUGGAAUUACCAUUUACAGAGCAAGAAUUAACUGAGAAAUACGAAGGUAAAAUAAGCAAAGAACUGUCGGGUCCUACUUAUGAAGUGCUUGCUAAAAUUAUGAAGGUCAUUAUAAACAGAAGAGUCACUGGACCUGGAGACUUUUUAGGUCACCACAAAACUCCAGCUAUCGCGUGCUCGUACAAGGCGGCUGCGGGAUACUUGUAUCCAUUAGAGAAAGGUUUCAUCUACGUACACAAGCCGCCCGUGCACAUCCGCUUCGAAGAGAUCGCCUCUGUCAACUUCGCUAGAGGCGGCGCGUCAUCUACCAAAUCUUUCGACUUCGAAAUAGAAUUGAAAUCGGGAAGCAUUCAUACGUUCAGCAGCAUAGAGAAGGGAGAAUACGACAAGCUAUUUGACUACAUCACGUCUAAGAAACUGCAUGUCAAGAAUACUGGCAAGAAUGACAAGGCGCUGUACGACGACGACUUCGGCGACUCUGAUACGGAGAAGGAGCCGGACGCGUACCUCGAGCGCGUGAAGGCGGAGGCCAAGGAGCGCGACUCCGCGGACUCCGACAGCGAGAGCACCGACGAGGACUUCAACCCGGACAAGGCUAACCAGAGCGAUGUCGCAGAGGAAUACGAUACAAAUCCGUCGUCGUCUGAGGACUCCGACGCUUCAGGCGCAUCUAAUGAAAGUAAAAAAGAAAAGAAAAAAGAGAAGAAACCCAAGAAAACAAUCACGAUUUCGGAAGCACCUCGCAAGAGGAAGGAGAAGUCAAAGAAGCGUGAGAAGGACGCGAACGCGCCCAAGCGGCCCGUCACCGCGUUCAUGUUGUGGCUCAACGAGAACAGGAAGAAGAUCAUAGAGGACAACCCCGGCCUCAAGGUCACAGAGAUCGCGAAGAAGGGUGGCGAGCUCUGGCGGGACCUUAAAGAUAAAUCGGAAUGGGAGGAAAAAGCUAGCAAAGCGAAAGAAGAAUACAACACAGCGAUGAAGAAGUACAAAGACAGCGGUGCAGCAGACGAGUUCAAGCAGAAGAAGAAGGCUGCGGAGAAGGAGCGUAAGGCAGCAGAUAAGAAGAGUAAAGCGCCUCCGCCUACUAAGAAGUCGAAGCCCGCGCCCGCAGCGCCCCCCAGCGGCAAGUUCACCAGUAAAGAGUACAUCGAGGAUGAUGACAGCUCCUCUGACUCCGAUAAAGAGAAGAAAAAAGACAGCAAAGAUUCCAAGGAUUCGAAGAAGGACAAGAAAGAUAAGAGCUCAUCUUCAGAAGCGGAAGCAUCUUCGGGCUCCGGCAACGAGAGUGGAAGCGGAAGCGAUUAGACGUAAUAUUAGAUUUUACGUAAUAAUAAAUAGAUAGUUUAAAUUAGAUAUUAAAAAUACGACUACAAUACAAGUCCUAUAUCUAUGUUGGAUACAAGGACCCGAUUUCAUUAUCCAGUGUAGGCUGAGCCUUAAUAAUGUUUUUUAAGUAGUUUUAUUUUUGUUCAAAUUCUUUGAAACAUCUAUUUUCAGAUCUAUGCCUAUGGGAUCUAAUUUACUUCUAGUUAAAAUACUAGCUGAUUGUUCACUUUAAAAAUAUUUAAAACCCACAUACACACAAAACCCUUCAUUCCUUUUUUAUUAAGGUAAUUUUUUAAUUGUACAUAUAAAUAUGGUAAGAUAUUUUUAAGAUUAUGAAUAUUUUAAAACAAUAAUUUGUAAAGUAUUGCAAUUAAAAAAAAUACCGAUUUGUUAUGUUUAUUAUACCAGUGGUGUUUUGUGCCAGUAAAUUGUAAGAGCUUGAAAAUGUUUUGUCGUUAUUGCAAUAAUUCCUCAAUAAUUGUACUCAAUAAAUUUUGUAUUGUUUAA